ACUCCAUAGCCCUGCAGAGAUGUCCUUUUUGGAUGGUGUUUGGGCGUGUAAAAAUUUAACUAGAAAGUGGAAAACAGUGACGAAAGAUACACAUAUUCAAAAAGUUUAUAUCAAACGUGUUAGUUUCUUAUCAAUUACAUUGGUCCAUACUGGGAACUCUUCGAAAUGUCUAAAGUGAGAAAAAUCAUAGAUGAAGCCAAAGAAUCAAAAAAUCCUGAGCUAGAUUUAGUGGACAAGGGUAUUUCUUCCUUCGACGAAAUACCUAGUAUCCUUACCAUGUUCAACUUGACUCGAAUUACACUGACACACAACCGUAUCUCAGUGGUCACCCCAGCAUUAGCAAAUCUGACAAAUCUUGAAAUUCUGAACUUGUUUAAUAAUCAAGUUGAAGAACUCCCAACAUCCUUAUCCUCUAUGCCUAAACUUAGGAUUUUAAAUCUAGGUAUGAACAAGCUGAGUGCUCUUCCUCGAGGGUUUGGAGCGUUUCCUGUAUUAGAGGUUUUGGAUUUGACCUAUAACAACUUGAAUGAGAAUAGUUUACCUGGCAAUUUUUUUAUGAUUGAAACAUUAAGAGCUCUAUACUUGGGUGAUAAUGAUUUUGAAAGCAUCCCAUCAGAAAUUGGCCACCUAAAAAACUUGCAAAUUCUUGUGCUACGAGAUAAUGAUAUAGUUGAGCUCCCUAAAGAAAUUGGUGAACUAGCCAGGCUGAGAGAACUGCAUAUUCAAGGAAAUCGCUUGUCUGUUUUACCACCAGAACUAGGUAACUUGGACCUCACUGUUGGGAAUAUAUCUCGUUCCCAACAUCCGACAACACGAGCUGGAAGACGGACGCGAGUUCCAUUACGUUUUAUUGAAUAUGAUUUGGGUGGCCACUGUGGGGAGACGUAA